GGGAUUUCUGACAGAUAGUUUGAAAGACGACAUGUUUUGAAGAUUCUAUUGUUUCGAAUUUCGAUCUUGAGCAGGUGUUAGCUUAAUUUUUUAAAAAGCAUGGUUUCGUAAGAAAUAAUCUCGUUUUAACAUCGAGAUCGCUUAAAAUGUUUAUAGAGGACAUCAAGAAUGAUUUUUACAACGUUCUUCUUGGAAACCGAGUGCUAUUACUAGUUCACUACGACGUCGAUGCUAUAUGCGCUUGCAAGAUAUUGCAGGAUCUGUUCAAAUGUGAUAAUAUUUCGUACACAUUAGUCCCCGUGGGUGGUAUAUCCGAGUUGAAGACUGCUUAUGAUGAAAACAACGAGGAAGUGAAGUACGUGGUGCUGGUGAACUGCGGCGGGACCGUGGAUUUGGUUGACAUCCUGCAGCCGGAGGAGCAUGUGGUGUUUUUUGUGCUAGACUCUCAUAAGCCCACUGAUAUCUGCAAUGUUUAUAGUGAUGGACAGGUGAGACUGGUGUACAAGGAUGAGGAGGAGAACAUUCCCAACUUUGAUGACAUCUUCAGAGAUGAUGAAGAAGAUGAAAAUGAAGAGGAGCGGGAGGGUCGUCAGGGCAUCGAGGCGGUGGUGGAGCGGCGCCGCGCGCGCAAGGCGUGGGAGGAGCGGCGUCACACGCUCAUGUUCAACUACACACAGUUCUCCUACCACGGGAAGCCUAGUGCGUGCGUGGCCCUGGAAAUAGCGGUGCGAGCGUCUAGAUGCACGGUGCCCGCGCUGUGGAGCGCAGCCGUGGCCUCGGCGGCGCACGCGGCGCUGCACUGUCGCUCGCCCGCGCGCUGCUUGCUGGACGCAGAGCCGCUGCAUCGCUACGUCGCCGCUGCGCAGCGGAAGACUACCGAUGACGAUAUACACCAGUCGGCCCGCGUGGUGGUGGAGAAGGACGCCUGGCUCCCGCUGUACCGCUGGUGGUCGGUGGAGGGCGCCAUCAGCCACGCCACGGCGCUGGCGCCCAAGCUGCGCCUGCACUCGCGCUCGGGCGCCGCGCGACUGAGGCAACUUUUGGCGGAUAUGGGGUUCCCCCUGCAGCAGGCUCGCCAGGCCUACCGCUCCAUGGACGUGGAGCUCCGGCGGUCGCUGCUGACGGCGCUGGAGGCCGCGGCGCCCAAGCACAAGCUGCCCGUCCCCACCAGAGCCGCUUUCCUGCUGCAGCGGCCGCACGCGCCGCCGCUCGCCGCCCUGGACACCGUGUAUGCUGUCAUGGGCCUCAUCGAGAAUGAAACGAUGCCCCGAGCGGAAGGUUUCCAGCACGCCCUGUCGGCGCUGGCCGUCAGCGGGGAGAACGAGAGUCUGAAGCGCGGCGUGGCGGCGGCGCGACGCUGCCUGGAGGCCGUGGCGAGGCAGGCGCACAGCACCCUGUCGUCCAGAAGACUGAUGCUGGCCGGCCCCUUCAACUACUUCAUUGUGCCAGAGGGCACCCCCGAGGCUACAACGUUGCGCGGCCCACUGUGGCUGUCGGAAGCCGCGCGCUGGAUCGCGGGCGCCCACGCCCACGCGCCGCGCCCACUGCUGGCCAGCGCCCCCAGCACCGGCGGGGACUGUCUGUUGCUGGGUUUACCGCCGCGCUUCGACCGGGAGCCCAGAAAUCUCUUCGGAGCAGCGUUCGAGCAGGCGGCGACCAAAAGCGGCGCUUCGGUAUCCUUGGAGUUCGUGGACUCCUCCAUCAUCAGCCUGCCGUCCUCCCAGCGCACGCAGUUCCUCGACGCGCUCACGGCGCUGCUGGCGUGACCGGGCCCCACCCGGCUAGCGAUGGCCGAUUCAUUCCAAUAACAAUCGUAUCAUUCGAUUGUUAGACAAUCGAUUAAUUAUUUUCGAUUUUUCAAUUGUUACUUAGCGCAUCUGGGACGAAAGAAUCGAAAAUCGAAUGCAAUAGCACAAUCGAUUUAGAUUUUCGAUUUAUUUGUUCCAGACCGUGCGCUCCUGAUUCAUAGAUUAUUACUAUCGAAUGAAUAAAAUAAUUGACUAAUCAAUUGUUGAUUUUUAUUCGAUUAAUUAUUUUUGUGUAGGCAAGGUAAUCGAAAAUCGAUUGUUCAAUUCAUUCGAUUGUUAUUUUUUGCAACAAUCGGCCAUCGCUAGACCUGGCCUGGCGCUCGCGCGGCACAAGAGACCUUUGAAUACCGUCGACCACGAUAAGUAUAGUACGCGACAGGUUGAAAUGGCAAUCAUGGAGGGGACGUCCCGCACACCCGCACAGCCCACGCGUUAAUCUGAUGCGGGCAAACGCGGGUGUGCGCGCCUCAUACCACGAUACUGACGCGGACUAUAUCUUCAUCUCAAAUUUGGUUAAGCUUAACUCUAAGCUGUUAACGACAAUAACAAUAAUAAUUUAAUUCCGACCUAUUCAUCAUUAUCAUCAUCACACAAAUAAUGUGCCUUCUAUUUAGAUUUUGGACUAAAUAAUCAAAAUUCUGCUAAACACUUAGUUUAUAAUAAAUUAGCAUUAAUUUCAUUUGUAAAAUGACUGAAUACAUGAGAAGGGUUCCAUCCCAACAUACAAGUUUUUUGGAGACUUAUGCACAAAUCCUGUGAAUAUGUGCUUACGUCCCCAAAAAAGUUCAGAUUUUUCCCUUUGUACUUUAAAACAUUGCUACCUGCCUUUCAUGAUUCUAGGUCAACGGGAAUACCCUACCUAUAGCUUUUCAUUCCUUUGAUGGAUCUGAACACGACAGACACGACAUACAGACAGACGACCAAGUGAUCCUAUAAGGGUUCCUUUUGAGGCACACAACCCUAAAUACAUUUUAAAUAUAGUGAAGAUCUGUAGAUGAUUACUUAACCAAGCUCUCCUUGAUGUAGAUAGCCAGGUAACCCAUAUUACACUUGAUACCUUACUUAAAAUAUGCAUGAAGUUUGUAAGGUUUUGUUUUUUUAAAUAUUAAAUAAAUUAAUAUCAAGAUCACUAAAUUUUAUUGGACAGUAAAUAUUUACUUAUCAUCAUAAUUUUUAUGUCAAUUAAAUCAAAAUCGGUUAUGUAAAAACCUUUUCAUCAAUCAAUAAAAAUUAAUAUAUAUUAGAAAAAUAAUUUCAUGAAGUUAAGUGUCCAUAUUAGUUGUAUUUUCUCAUGUUUCUAGAAAAUAAAUAAUUUGUAAUGUAAGGUAAUUUGUAAGUAGUAAUUUUAAACUUUGUUUAGGCAUCUAAUUAAAAUUAUUUAUUGGUAUGUGAAGGAGUUUGGAAUAAAAUGUACUUUGUAAAACUA